UCCGAAAACCGUGACACAGCACACAGGUAGGCUGCGGAAGAAGCCAAGGGUUCAAAGAAACUCAUAAUUUCAUAAAGGCGACAAAGAAAAUGGGCACACCCCAGAACCUGUCUAAAAUCAAUCCCUUUCCUGAGGAAAAUUUACCACUUUCUCAAACACCAAACACCCAUUUUACCAAUUUAUCUUCCAAGCCCAAUGAGCUCUGUACAAUGUGUAGUAGAAAGAUUAGAACUUAGAAACAAAAUCCUAUUUCAGACGUGUGUCUGGCCUCUGCCCAGUUCAAAGCCAUAGAUAGAUCCAGCCAUGGAGAUGGAGGAGAAUCAGAGCUAUGGUGGAUCACCAAUAAGCAACAUAUCUCAGGACCACCUCUUCACCAUACUUCUCUUCCUUCCCGUAGAUGCGAUUAUGUCUCUAUCCAUGACUUGUAGGAGAUUGAGAGCUCUCACUUGUUCUGAUACUCUCUGGGAAUCUGUGUGUAAAAGAGAUUGGGGUUCCAGAUGCGUCGAUGCCCUCAAGUGCAGCAGUAUCAUCAAUAAUCAGCCUCAAUUUCCAUGGAUGAGUCUCUAUAAGCAAGUUUUCCUCUUAGAUUCUGUUCAUUGCCAAAGAUUGUCUGACCCACUUCCUCAAUUGGAUUUUCCUACCCCACGAGCUUCUCACUCUCUCAACGUUGUUUCAGAUUGUCUAGUAUUGUUUGGUGGUGGCAGUGAGGGAGGACGACAUGUGGAUGAUACAUGGGUGGCAUAUAUUGGCAGUGAUUUCCAGAGAAUGUUAAAAUGGCAUAAAGUACAUUCAGGCAUUCCAAGUGGUAGAUUUGGGCAUACAUGUGUGGAAAUGGGUGAUUUCCUUGUACUCUUUGGAGGAAUCAAUGAUCUUGGGAAUCGUCAAAACGACACGUGGGUGGGACAAAUAACAUACUGCAACAACGAUGUUAUCACAUUCUCCUGGAGGUUGCUAGAUGUUGGAGCCAUUAUACCAGCCCCAAGAGGAGCUCAUGCUGCUUGCAGCAUUGACAACAAGAGAAUGGUCAUCCAUGGAGGCAUGGGACUUCAUGGGGUUCGCCUGGGCGACACGUGGGUGUUAGAGCUCUCAGACACAGACCACAAUCUCUGCACAGGCACGUGGCAUGAGAUUCUGACACAUCCAUCUCCUCCAGCACGUUCAGGACACACAUUGACUUGCAUAGGAAGAAACAGAACUAUUGUGUUUGGAGGAAGAGGAUCAGGCUAUGAGGUGCUUGAUGAUGUUUGGCUAUUAGACAUAGAUACUCAAAGUUGGGUUCAAAUAGUUUAUGACACACCAGGAAAUAUGCCAGAGGGUGUUUCUCUGCGUAGAGUUGGGCAUUCUGCUACAAUGGUAUUAGGUGGAAGAUUGCUGAUUCAUGGAGGAGAAGACUCUCACAGACACAGAAAAAAUGAUUUCUGGGUAUUAGAUGUGAGUGCUAUUCCUUGUACUGGUAAGAGUGUUGUGCAAGCAACUAGUCCAAGCACAAGCAGGGUGAGAUCAAACUCCAAUAGGAUAUGGAAGGUUUGGAGAUCAAUUGGGUAUGAAGCUAAGUGCAGAUCAUUUCAUCGUGCCUGCGCAGAUCAAUCCGGACGAUAUGUUUAUGUGUUUGGAGGGAUGGUUGACGGCGUUCUUCAGCCUUCUGAUGCUGCAGGAUUAAGGUUUGAUGGUGAGCUCUUUCUUGUGGAGCUUCUGCUUCACUUGUAGGAAAGGAAGCCAUGGGUUAUUUGGUAGUGUAGUAUCUUCAAAUUUCUUCAGAUCAUGUAUUGCCAUUUGCUUAGCUUUGAUGAUGAUAUUGUUAGUCU